GUGUAAACAUUUCUUAUGUCAUUGUAGGCAUGGUGUGAGUGGCUCUGCAGACAGUAUUACAUAUUUUACAUAGCUACUUUUUGCAUUAAAUAAAUUAUUUUUAAUUGUAUUUGCUAACCUCUUAUCUCACACCAUUGUUGUUGGGAUAAUCAGACAAAUAUUGUAUUUAUUUAACGUUCAUGAGAGAUAAAUAUACAUUUCCUGUGUAGCACUACAGAAGGCAAUCCUUCAGGUAAAAGACAAGUGGUCGUUGUUCAAUAAUCUGUAUUAAAUUUUACUAAUAAUAUAUGCCAUUUAGCCUUCACUUUUAUCCAAAGUGACUUAGUCACAAGUGCAUGCAGUAAUCAGGGUUAAGGUAGUUCAUCUAACAUAUCUUAAAACAUAACAUGCAAAUAUAUGGCAACUCCUUCAAGACAUUGGCAGACAGAGUAUUCAAAUAGACAGAGGAGGAAAUUGUAUUUGUUUAACUGAAUGGGUUGUAAAUGGUUUAUCAGCAAGUUUCUCACGUCCGCAAACAGAAGGGCUAUCUAUUACUGUUUGUGUCAGUUCCUUGUCGGUGUCAAAUGUUGUUUUUUAACCAAGAUAAACAUCUCUGCCAUUGUUCCAAAUGAAACAGAGCACCUACUCUCUCCCACAUAAUCCUUGCUGAGGUAUUUAAACCCUAGAGCAAGAGGGAGUGCUGUUCUUUUUUACUGAGAUGCCCAACUAGGCUGGGUGUUCAUGAUGUGGAUUCUCAUGAUCUUGUUGGCAAGUAUUACAUUGCAUACUCUCGUGUGCAUCUGUAGCAAUGUCUGUCCAAAGAAGUGUGUGUGUGAUAGUGCAAAGUCAGUGCAGUGUUUCAGGUUGCAGUCUUUUCCCACUGGAAUCACUAAAGAUGUGAGGAAACUAAACCUGGGAUACAACCACAUCAAGCAACUAAAGGGUAGAGACAUAUCUGGCCUGACAGAGCUGGAGGAAGUGAUCAUUUCAUCCUGUGGAGUGGAGGUGGUGGAGGCCAAUGCUCUCAGGGCUCAGGGGCUACUAAGAAGCCUGGAUCUACAGAAGAAUAAACUGCAUCAGAUCCCCCGUGGUCUCCCACCCAGCCUGGAGACCCUCAACGUGGGCCACAACAGGAUCACAGGCCUCCAGGAGUCUGUCUUUGAGGGGCUGAAGAAACUACGCCUGCUUGAUCUUCAGAACAACCAGAUCACCAACCUGCGUUCCAACACCCUCUCCACCCUGAAGAAGUUGGAGUGCCUUUACCUGGAUGGAAAUCAAAUUGAGACUGUUCAAGGUGCUCUGAGACUCCCCCAACUGAAUCUGUUGAGCUUGGGGAACAACAAGAUCCCCUGUUUUCCCUCAUCCUUUUUCACACCACUACAGUCCUUGACAACACUGCGUUUACCAGGGAACCUCCUAUCAAGAGUCCCAAUCGAUCUCCCUCACGCCCUGUCCUACCUGAACUUGGACAGGAACCAAAUACGAGCACUGAGAAACCGCGAGAUGGGCCAACUCCGCAACCUCACGUCUCUGUCUGCGUCCUACAAUAGGUUGGUUUCUGUGGAUGGUGGCCUUCGCUUGCCCAACCUCACAGUGCUGGAACUGCCAGGAAACCAGCUGAGGGUGCUGCCCAGUAGACUGAGCCCCAAACUGGAAAAACUGGACUGCAGACAGAACUCCAUUCAGGAAGUCACCUUCCAGCACCUGUCUGGAAUGAAACAGCUGAAGCAUCUCUUCCUAGAGAAUAACACCAUCUGGAACUUUGAAGCUAAUGCUCUGAGGAACAGCGUUCACAUAACCAACCUGGCUCUGGAACAGAAUCUCCUCUCCUCUAUUCCAGAUGGGCUUCCAGAGAGUCUGAUCCGCCUGGACUUGAAAGGGAACUGCAUCGAGGCCGUCCAGGAGCAGGAGCUGAGAUCCCUGAAGCGCCUGCAGGUGUUGAACUUGAGGAGAAACAAGCUGACCUCCCUCCCCCAGAUCACCCUGGAUCUGCUUCCACGGCUGAGGACCGUCUACCUAGAUGGGAACCCCUGGAACUGCAGCUGUGAGCUCCUGGGGGUCAAGAGGACCCUGCUGGCCAGGAGGGUGGAGAUCCCUAAAGAGCUGUGUAACGAGCAUGUGAGUGCGCCGGGGGACAGCUGGAGAGCGUACCUGAUGGCCCAGGACAGAUGUGAGGAGUACUUCAUGGAAACCGCCCCUGAGGACCAAGUGGAGCAGACAGACACUGAGGAGUAUUAUGACUAUGAUUCGUAGAUGGAGAAAAUAAAUGUAGCAGGGGAAUUUCAUGUUUAGCUGAACAUACUGGGUAUUUUGAAUGUUUUAACAUUUUACUGUAGUUUGGCAAUUAAUACUAAGGAAGUUACCUUUAGCUGUGUAGUCAAUAGAAAACAUUAAACUACUGUAUUAACAAACAGCUAUUGCAAUAUACAUUGGUAAAUAGGUAUAUGUAGAAUAUACCUUAAAUACCUACUGUAUAAUAACAUAAUAAUAAAUAAACAAGUUUCAUUACAGUUUUCAUUUA